AGGCAGCAGGCUGUGGGAGGAGUCAGUGAGGAAAGCUGGGCUCUCUCCUCCUCCUCUUCCUCCUCUUCCUCCUCCGGGUGGAGAGCAGCGGACAUUUGCGUGGAUCUCCGCGGGGAUCGGGACUCUGGCUGCCGUGAACGCGGCUGAGCUCUCGGCUGUCCUUCCGCCGUUUUUCAUGAGAUUCCGGAACAUCCAGCUGAUCCCGACCCUCUGGUUCCGGAGGAAGAUUGCGCUGCUUUGUUCGCGUUCUGGUCCCGGUGCUGGUUCGGAGCCUCUGGAUUGAUUGAGGAGCUGCUGCUAACUUUGGAGCAGCCUGUCGGGAGGAGGGACCGAGAGACCUGACACCGAGCACAGAGCUAUAUCUGUCCGCCGGACCGGACCGGACCGGAGCUGCGGGCAGCGGGAGGAGCCGCACACGGAGCGCCGCCACCGCGGCGACAGGACGGCUUAACCGGGGAGGAAUUUCACGAUCUCCGACCCGAUGGGACCGCCGGUGCUCUGAGGACAAAAGGAGGCGGGGGGUUUGGAAGGACGGAUUUGGUGGAUCUGCUGGGGGUGCAUGCUUCCCCUGCGGCCCGCCCCUCCUUCCUCAUCAUCAUCAUCCUCCCUCCUGCUGCUCUCUGCUUCGCUGUCGGGCAGACAAAAGGCCCAGAAUGUGCGGUGAGGGCGGUGCGGGCUGGCUGAGGAGGGUCAGAGGUCACGGCGGGACUCUGCCCAGGACUACAGUCUGGCUGUUGGUGCUGCUGCUCGCCGCCGCGGGCUGGACGCCGCCUGCGGCCCGCGCCGAGCUGGAGCUGGACAUGCUGGGAGGACUGGUGCUGCUGGAGGCGGGCGGAGACGGCGAGGAGCUGGGCGGCGACCUGGAGGCCUCCAUGCACUCCUCGCUGCUGCAGGACUUCCAGGAAGCGAUGGACAGCCGGCAGGCCGCGGAGCUCGGCAGCCUGGCGGCGAGCCGGCAGGAAGCCGUCGCGCCCGCAGCUUUCCCAGACUCCUCAGCGGCGGUGGGCCGCGUUUUCCAGAUCAAGGUGCCAAACAAGAUGGAGGUUGUUCAGCUGGGAGACAUCGUCAAGGUGACGGAGGUUGGGAAAGGCUCGCUGCCCGCCUGGCUGCACUGGGACGCCGGCAGCGGCGUCCUGCGGGGGCUCCCUCUGGACGAGGAUAAAGGAGUCCACUACAUCUCUGUCACCAUCUCCAACCGCACUUCCUCAUCCUCAGAGGAGUUUUCCAUCGAGGUUCACCCGGAUGACGGCGACUCGGCGGCGGCGCUGUCCGGCGCGGCGGCGGACGAUCCCGUCCAGCUCUUCUUGUGUAGCAACGAGGAGCCGGUCACGGUCCUGACGGUGAUUCUGGACGCCGAUCUGACCAAGAUGAGCUCGGCGCAGCGCGUGGAGCUGCUGGACAGGAUGAGGAGCUUCUCAGGCGUGGAGCUGCAGGGCAUGAAGAUGCUGCCAGUGGUCAACAACCGGCUGUUCGACAUGUCGGCCUUCAUGGCCGGGCCAGGAAACGCCAAGAAGGUGGUGGAGAACGGAGCUCUUCUGUCAUGGAAGCUGGGCUGCUUCCUGGACCGGACCACCGUUCCAGACAUCAACAGCGUCCAGGGUCCAGCUAAAGACGGAUCCAUGUCUGCCAGGCUGGGGUACCCUGUGGUGGGAUGGCACAUCGCCAACAAGAAGCCACAAGUCCCAAAGCGAGUGAGAAGGCAGCUGAACAACACCCCGACGCCCGUCCUGGCCGUUCUUCCUCCAACCACGGCGGCUGAACCUCCGGUCAGGAUCGUCCCGACUCUCUCCUCUCCCUCCAUCGCUGCGCCCACAGAAAGUUCUGCCCCUCCGGUUCGGGGCCCUGUGCCUCUGCCAGGGAAGCCUACAAUCAGAAUCCGUGACCCCAUCGCCCACACCCCGACUGGCCCGCCUCAGCCGACCAAGGUUGUUGUCACCACCAGCACCGUUUCCAUUCAGCCGUCCAUGUCCAGGAAGAUCCCUGUAGAGGCUACCGCCACGCCCACCAUCCCACCCAAAGAACCACCCAGGAAACCAACCAGCACCACCCCGAAGAGCCCACCACCCAAAGCCCCCACAGCCAGCACGCCGUCGCCUGGUGUCAUCGACGACCCAAACAACAAGAAGCCGGUGCUGAGGAACCCCAUCGAUCAGGUCGUUGCACUGGUGGGAACGUACUUCGAGGUUAAAAUCCCGUCUGAUACCUUCUUUGACAAAGAGGACGGAACCACAGACAAGCUCCGCCUGUCUCUGAAACAGAACCACAAGGAUGUGGUUGGAGAGGAGUCCUGGAUCCAGUUCAACACCACCAGCCAGCUGCUGUACGGCCUGCCGGACGUUCAGCACGUCGGGAAGCACGAGUACUUCAUGCAGGCGACCGACAAAGGAGGCCGCAACGCCAUCGACGCGUUUGAAGUCAAAGUGAACCGCUGGCCUGCCAAUGACAAAACGCCAGUCGUUUUCACAGCCCGCUUCGAAGGAGAGCCACGGCUCAUCACCAACAACAUCCACAAGAAGAUCCUGCUGGUCAAGAAGCUGGCGUACGUUCUGGGCGACCGCAACAGCAGCACAGUGAGCCUGAGGAACAUCAGCAAAGGCUCGAUCGUGGUGGAAUGGACCAACAGCAGCCUGCCGCAGCAGCCGUGUCCCAAGGAGCAGCUCAGGAACAUGAGCAGGACGCUGGGAGACGCCGACGGAAGACCCUCACCAAAGUUCAGAACGUACAUGGGGCCGGACUUCUCUCCGCUGGAGGUGAAGGUGCGGGGCAGAGCCAGCUGCCGGACGUAUUCCUUCAUCCCGCCAGCAGAGGUCGACAUCCCAGAACCUUCCGCUGUCACUCCAGGCCUGGGGUCGAGCCGCCACAGCACUGAUGACGUCUACCUUCACACGGUGAUCCCUGCCGUGGUGGUGGCGGCCAUUCUGCUCAUUGCGGGGAUCAUCGCCAUGAUCUGCUACAGGAAGAAGCGGCGGGGAAAGCUGACCAUCGAGGAUCAGGCCACCUUCAUCAAAAAGGGGGUGCCUAUCAUCUUCGCCGACGAGCUGGACGACUCCAAGCCGCCGCCCUCCUCCAGCAUGCCGCUGAUUCUGCAGGAAGAGAAGCCGCCGCUGCCGCCCCCCGAGUACCCAAACAUGGCCAGCCCAGAGACCACGCCCCUCAACCAGGAGAUGCUGGGGGAGUACACCGCCCUGCGAGACGAAGACCCCAACGCCCCCUACCAGCCGCCUCCUCCCUUCACGGCUCCCCAGGAGGGGAAGGGCUCCCGUCCAAAGAACAUGACGCCGUACAGGUCGCCGCCCCCCUACGUGCCGCCAUAAGGCCCGGCUGCCCUCCCCUCACGGCGGAGGGAGGCUCCAGGAACUGCGCUGGGUUCUGCUGUUUCUGUCUGGACUUUUACAGGAAGUGAUGUCAAGAGGUGCUAAAGUUCCAAAACAACGGAGGCGAUGGUCUGGGUGGGUUUGCUACGGCUUUGAGGGACCACUGGUUCUGUGGUAGCCGCCGCGUUCUGAUCCCAGCGGGCCGCUGACUCGACCCAGAGGAAACCACCGGGAGAGCCGCUCUCCUCUCAGCAUUUCAGCUUUUUCUACAUUUGAAAACUGGAUCUGACUUUUUGUCUUUUUCCCCGAUAACUUUUAUUUUUCACUGGACUGAAUCGUUGCCUAACAGCCGCUGUGUCCUGCUAGCGUCACCAGACACGCAUCAGAACCUCGAGCCCUAGACCGCGAGAGUGUGUGUGUGUGUGUGUGUGUGUGUGUGUGUGUGUGUGUGUGUGUGUGUGUGUGUGUGUGUGUGUGUGUGUGUGUGUGUGUGUGUGUGUGUUUGGAUUCAUAACGGUUUGCCUUUUAACUCGGUUUUUAUCCUUAUUCACAAAGUCUAGCUGAGAAUAACAAGGUAGAGAUGAAUAAUCGUUUGUUUUGUUGGUUUUAAGUUCACUGUUUGUCUGGAAGAUUUUUUAUUUGGUGGAGCAAAGUGGGAGAGAAAGAAUCAUCUUCCAAAAUAUUAACAGGUGAUUUUUUUAUUCCUGUUUUUCUACAAGACAAAUCAGCCACAACUUUCAGUCCAGUCCUCUGAGACUGGAGAAACCAGACAGUAAGAGCAACGACUGGAGUCCUGUGGGAACUAGUGGGAAGUGGUGGGAACUAAUGGGAACUAGUGGGAACUAAUGGAACUGGUGGGAACUAAUGGGAACUGGUGGGAACUAGUGGGAACUAAUGGGAACUGGUGGGAACUAAUGGGAACUGGUGGGAACUAGUGGGAACUGGUGGGAACUGGUGGGAACUAGUGGGAACUGGUCCCAAUCAUGGACCAUCCAGUUUGCACAUCAAAAAACCAAAAUAUGACAGAAAACAGAUUGAAUGUCCAGCUGCUCCGUGUCGGUGUGGAAACGCUCCGGUUUGGACAGAAAGCCGUCCACAUGCCGCCUGAUGGGUUGCAGGCGGUAACCAGAGCAACCGACAGCGACUCAGAAACAGAACCGGCCUCGUGGCGAGGAGGUCGGUUUUUACCUGCUCUGAUGUCACAUCCAUCAGCUUCACCGUGACCCCAGCGUGACCCCAGUGUGACCCCAGCGUGACCCUAACGGCUCAGCCGGUCAUCUACUGGACAUGCUCUGUCUCUGCUGACCCACUGUCAGACGCUCUGGUAACUGCCUGAUGACCCUGCUGGCGCCCCCUGGUGUUCAGGCUGCAUGUGGAGCGGGUGUGUUCCUGGUUACUGGUUAAACUGGUUUCCCACAGGAUUCCAGCUCCGCCUCUUUCCUCUCCAAUUAAAACCUGGAACAAGAAACCCGGAAACUUUGAACCAGGGAUCGUUUCAUUUGAUUUGCUUUGAUUUUUUUCUACGUGACGUUGGGUCUCUCCAGAAGUCAACUUUUGUUUUCCUGGUUUUUCCAGAGAUUCAGGAAAACAAAAACAUUGAAUUUCCAGCCAGUUUUCUCCCAGAAAAACGUUUUUUUUUUUUUACAUUUUGAUACAGCCUCAAAUUGUUUAUUAAAAUGAUCUGAAUUGAUGAUUAGUCUUCUGUGAUUUGUUAAAGUUUUAGCUUAGUUCACCUCUUGGGUCACGUUGGAUUGUUUUGCUGUGGAGGCGUCUCCGAGGCGCCGCAGAGACCCGGAAGUCGUUUUGUUUCCAUCCUUUGCCUGAGUUGGAGCAGGAAGUGACCCUUUGCAAUAAGAGCAGGCGGCGUGGCGUGGCGCCCCGCGGCGUGGCGGGGCACGGCGCUCCAUGCAGCCUCACGCUGUGACUCAUACUGUCAUGAUGUUGGUUUUCGCGGGAUGCCAAGGCUUUUUUUGCUUAUCCAGUGUGCAUUGUAAUAAUAAAACCAACUGGUACCUUUAUCAAA